GCCCAUUUCAUGUUUUAACUACCGCCAUGCUACAAAUGUUAUUUGUUUACCUGUGAAGCAUAUGCGUUUAUUCAGUGUUCAAAACAUCAACUUGUCUUUCAGCGAUCGUUAUUGAUUCUUAAAAAUGGCGACAGAGUCUGUCCAGUUUAAUAGCGAGACGCCUACACCAGAAGUUUCAGUUCAAGUGCUAGGCGGAGAACAGUAUUUGGUUAACUUAGAUGGCGAAGAAUAUUACGAAAAUCAAGUUUCGAACAGUGAGGAAUCCACAUUCACACAUGAAGAGAUGCACAAAAAUCAUAUGUCAAACAUUCACAGCUGGACAUCAACUUCUCAAGAAAAAGGGCACUUGAAGAAUCAAGGGCAAGCUUGGAAACAAGGAGUUUGGAACAAAGAAGAAACCCAACAACUUAAGCAAAAUAUACUGGAUUAUUGUGAUACUUACUCAAUAAAAGACCCAUGUGAAAUAAUUUUUGAAUCUGGAAAAGAAAAGCGAAAAAAUUUCUAUAAAACUAUUGCAAAAGGAAUCAACAGACCAUUGUUUGCUGUUUAUCGAAGAGUGGUGAGGAUGUAUGAUUCAAAGAAUCAUAUAGGAAAAUACAGCACGGAAGAAUUAAAAAAGCUGCAAGAACUUAGGAAGGAAUAUGGGAAUGACUGGCAAAAAAUAGGUUUAGCAAUGGGACGUUCUGCAGCAUCCAUCAAAGAUAGAUGCCGUCACCUUAAAGAAGAUUGCAACGCGGGGCCUUGGAUAGCGGAAGAAGAAGAUCUUCUGUUCGAAGCUGUUUUUGCCUUUACCCAAUGUCUACCGGGCGAAAAUCCGGUAGCUGGUAUACCUUGGAUUCAAGUUGCUCAUCGUGUAGGAAGCCGUAGUGAACGACAGUGCAGGAAAAAGUGGCUAAGCUAUUGCAGCAUAAAACGAACUGGAGCUGUAGAAUGGAACGACGAAGACGAACUUCAUCUAAUAAACAGGUUAACUGAGCUGGACAGUGAUAAGGAGAUUGCUUGGGCCGACCUGACACAAUCCUGGCCGCGGUCUUCCGUUCGAUCCCAUCAAUGGUUGAGAGCUAAAUGGAAAAGGCUAAAGAGCUCGGUGAAAGGCAGUGACAACCUAAGUUUAAAAGAAAUUUGCAGUCAGUUGAACAUGAGACACAAUCGUGUCGGAACCUCAAUGGUAAACGAAGAAAAUUAUCAGUCCAGUAUUGCACGUGCUAGCGGAGUUCUCAGUGUAAUUGAAAUUGUUUCAUCUGCGUCAAUCAAUGCACCUAUCGGUGUAAAUUUCAGCGUGGGAUUUGGACAACCGCCAGUCGUUCUCAAUUCAUCCUGCGUAACCAACAUUCCGAUGUACCUCUGUACGCCCAAUACGGCGGAGGGCUGUUCAAGUAUUUUGUCAAGGGCCGAACGACACGAUAUUGAAUUCGCCAAUAACGUAAGACAGAACGCUGAAACAGGCAAUGACAGCGUGGCUGUAGUUCAUUUGGAUUUGGAUGGAGGAGAAGAACCGGCCGUCACAACGGACGUGAUGUUUAGUGCAGGUAGUUCUCUCUGCUCACACGGAAGCCCGCUAGGGUUCGUGGACAAAAGCGAUCAAGAAUCGGAACAUUCUCACGCAAGCAAAUGACAAUUUGUGAUUAGUGGGUAACAUUGGCUCUCGAGCAAAUUCAUUCCGUUCCUUGUAUUCCUUACAUAUUUUAUGCGAAAUAGCUUUGCACACUGAUAAGUGCCAAAGCUAUGAUUAAAGAGA